UGAAGUAUUGAUAACACCAAGGAAAUCUGUCAGAAUUUGAAAAAAUAAGCAAAAGUUUGAUUUCCAGACACUACAGAAAUAGAAAUAAAAAUGCGUCCGAUGCGAAUUUUUGUGAAUGAUGAUCGCCACGUGAUGGCAAAACAUUCUUCUGUGUAUCCAACGCAAGAGGAACUGGAGGCUGUGCAAAACAUGGUGUCCCACACUGAGCGGGCACUCAAAGCUGUGUCUGACUGGAUAGACGAGCAGGAGAAAGGCAGUGGCGAGCACACGGAGUCUGAAAACAUGGAUGUGCCCCCGGAGGAUGAGGGCAAGGAAGGGGCUGGGGAACAAAAGACGGAACAUAUGACAAGAACCCUGAGGGGUGUGAUGCGAGUGGGUCUCGUGGCAAAGGGUCUCCUGCUCAAGGGAGACUUGGAUCUGGAGCUGGUGUUGCUGUGUAAGGAGAAGCCCACGACUGCCCUCCUGGACAAGGUGGCUGACAACCUGACUAUCCAGCUUGCUGCUGUAACAGAAGACAAGUACGAAAUACUGCAAUCUGUUGAUGAUGCUGCAAUUGUGAUAAAAAACACAAAAGAGCCGCCAUUGUCCCUGACCAUCCACCUGACUUCCCCCGUUGUCAGAGAAGAAAUGGAGAAAGUUUUAGCUGGAGAAACGCUAUCAGUCAACGAUCCCCCGGACGUUCUGGACAGGCAGAAAUGCCUUGCUGCCUUGGCGUCCCUCCGCCACGCCAAGUGGUUCCAGGCCAGAGCCAAUGGGCUGAAGUCAUGUGUCAUUGUCAUUCGAGUCCUGAGGGACCUAUGCACCCGAGUGCCCACCUGGGGUCCCCUCCGAGGCUGGCCCCUCGAGCUCCUGUGUGAGAAGUCCAUCGGCACAGCCAACAGACCCAUGGGUGCUGGCGAGGCCCUGCGCAGAGUGCUGGAGUGCCUGGCGUCGGGCAUCGUGAUGCCAGAUGGUUCUGGCAUUUAUGACCCUUGUGAAAAAGAAGCCACUGAUGCUAUUGGGCAUCUAGACAGACAGCAACGGGAAGAUAUCACACAGAGUGCGCAGCAUGCACUGCGACUUGCUGCGUUUGGCCAGCUACAUAAAGUCCUGGGCAUGGACCCUCUGCCUUCCAAGAUGCCCAAGAAACCAAAGAAUGAGAACCCCAUCGACUACACGGUUCAAAUCCCCCCCAGCACCACAUACGCCAUCACACCCAUGAAGCGCCCUAUGGAGGAGGAUGGGGAGGAGAAGUCUCCUAGCAAAAAGAAAAAGAAGAUUCAGAAGAAAGAGGAGAAGGCAGAGCCUCCCCAAGCCAUGAACGCCUUGAUGCGAUUGAACCAGCUAAAGCCGGGGCUGCAGUACAAACUGGUGUCCCAGACUGGGCCCGUCCAUGCCCCCAUCUUCACCAUGUCUGUGGAGGUUGAUGGCAAUUCAUUCGAGGCAUCUGGGCCAUCCAAAAAGACUGCCAAGCUGCACGUGGCUGUUAAGGUGUUACAGGACAUGGGCUUGCCGACAGGCGCCGAAGGCAGGGACUCCAGCAAGGGGGAGGACUCAGCCGAGGAGACCGAGGCGAAGCCGGCAGCGGUGGCCCCUGCCCCCGUAGUGGAAACUGUAUCAACCCCCAGUGCUGCCUUUCCCUCAGAUGCCACUGCCGAGAACGUAAAACAGCAGGGGCCGAUCCUGACAAAGCACGGCAAGAACCCUGUCAUGGAGCUGAACGAGAAGAGGCGUGGCCUCAAGUAUGAGCUCGUGUCUGAGACCGGCGGCAGCCACGACAAGCGCUUCGUCAUGGAGGUGGAGGUGGAUGGACAGAAGUUCCAAGGUGCUGGUUCCAACAAGAAGGUGGCAAAGGCAUACGCUGCCCUUGCAGCCCUAGAGAAACUCUUCCCUGACGCCCCUCUCGCCCUUGAUGCUAACAAGAAGAAGAGGGCCCCCGUGCCAGUCCGAGGCGGACCCAAGUUUGCCGCCAAGCCACAUAACCCCGGCUUUGGUAUGGGAGGUCCCAUGCACAAUGAAGUGCCCCCACCCCCCAACCUGCGAGGGCGGGGAAGAGGAGGCAACAUCCGUGGGCGAGGGCGAGGACGAGGAUUUGGUGGCGCCAACCACGGAGGCUACAUGAAUGCUGGCGCUGGGUAUGGAAGCUAUGGGUACGGAGGCAACUCGGCGACAGCAGGCUACAGUGACUUUUUCACAGACUGCUACGGCUAUCAUGAUUUUGGGUCUUCCUAGAGCGUCUAAAAGUAUUGCACACAAAAUCAACUUUUUACUCCAAUUUCCUCCAACUCCAAAGCCCCAAGUGUCCGUGCUGUGUCCCUGUGCUUCACUGGGUUUCUCAACCGUGGCUUUCCACCGCAGCUUGUCUGAAACUCUUAGCCUGCAGAACUUAAGACAAUGGCAGUUUUUAUCGUGAUUUGCCUUUGAACUUGGUCAGAUUGAAGUUCACAAUAAGUGGAAAACAAUUUUUCCAGAGAAUGUAUUUUUGUGCAGAAUUGCACAGAAUUCUAGAGCCAGCGUUGUCCAGCAUCAAGGCAAAAGCCCACCUUUGCUUUUUAUGGAAAGCAUUUACCUUAUUUAAAGAGACAGACAAUGACACAUUUUAAUCUACCUUUGUCUUAAUUUACAGCAGGUUUUGUAUGAAUUUUUAACCUUUUAACAAAUUCCCAAAUCGGGUUGAUGCCUUUGACAGUCAUGAAAACGAUUCUACCACACCUGAAUCCAGAGCAACCGGCUUAUUUUUCUUCCAAGCAUGUUAAAUGUUGGGACACGUGGGGAAUUGUAUGUUGCGUUGAGUGAACUUCUCCCGCCUUAAUGUAAAUGCUCUGGUGGGUUCUUGUUUGGGGAUGCGACAUCUUGUGCUGGUUUAGCUAGAGAGAGUGAACUCUCAAAGGUAUCAAAACUGUGCUUCCAUGAUCGGUGUGAAAAACAGACAGGCUUCAAGGGGUGGGUGACGUGAAAUUUUGCAAGUCCUAAUCCAACUGCAAAGGCGUGGGAUUUGGGUUUUUUUUUUUUUUUUUUUAAUGGGGCUUUAAAAAUAAUCAAGGAGAAAGAGCCAGUUGUGUUCCCUGCUUCUCCAGUGAAGAACCAGCUUUGGCUCUGCUGGCCGUGCUGCUGGGCAAGCCACCACCAUAGACUCCAGAGGCCUGGGAUCCUCUCCUGUGAGCACAGGCAUACACAGCUCCUCUGGCUAUCCGUCGAGGCCCCUCUUUCCUAGUGGGUGCCCUCCUUGGAAAUGAUGGUCUCUGACCAGUAGUUCUUUUUGCAGCAAAGCCUGCCUCUGUGUUGACUUGCAAGAUUUUGCGUUUAUCCAGGAAAAACUGGUCAAAAUGGUCACUACGUGGUUUGUUCCCAGAGGUUUGAAACAUUCAGUGAAACUUUUUAAAAACUUUGAUUGCAUGGUGUAUUUUUUUUUAGAAAGUUAUUGUUUAAGAAUUAUGUCUUUUUAUACCAGGAAAUAGUUCUCCUGAAUGACGUUGAAAAACCCCUUUCCCCUUUAUUUUUUUUUUAAAUCAAUACAUGUGAAAGUAACAAGC